CCGCCUACUUCAGUCUACUCGUGAGUGGUGACCGAGUUAUCUUGAAGGGCGGUGCCGUAUUAUUUAGCAGAUGAAGUACACAAACCGAAACAUCCCGGCCUGAACUUUGGUGUCGGGGUGUGUAUCUCUACUCCAGCAAUUAGGCUGAAGUGCCGCUCCCAUGCACCAUUCCUUCGUUCCCUUCUUCAUUAGCUUAGCUCGCUAGCGCACAACGACGUAAUGUCAUGAGAUGUGUGCGAACACGCUGCCGCUCCUCCCCCUUGCGUAUUUCGAAAAGGCCACUUCUGCUUUUUACGGCAGUCUAGCGCAUCCGAGACCUUCGGAAAUUCGAAGGCUCACGUUGGGCGAUGGAGCCACACGCGGCUACGGGCUGCGUGAACGUUGGUUGUCUGACCAGCACCUUACCGGAGAUUCCCUACCAGAAGCUGACCGACUUGUACUACCUAAGCAGAGGGGGCUUCGGCACCGUGUUCAAGGCUCAGCACUCCGACUGGAGAACUACCGUGGCCAUCAAGUGUCUCAAACUGGACUCCCCGUUCGGCGAAAGAGAGAGGAAGUGUCUGCUGAAGGAGGCAGAGGUCCUCCAUAAAGCCCGCUUCAAUUACAUCAUCCAGAUCUUCGGCAUCUGCAACGAGCCGGAGUUCUUCUGCAUUGUGACCGAGUUUAUGAGCAAUGGCUCCCUGGACCAACUGCUGCACGAGAAGGACAUGUACCCCGUGCUCGCCUGGCCUUUGAGACUGAGGAUCCUGUACGAGAUCGCCUUGGGAGUCAACUUCCUUCACAACAUGUCCCCGCCACUCUUACACCAUGACCUGAAGACACAGAAUAUUCUGUUGGACAGCGAAUUCCAUGUGAAGAUUGCAGAUUUUGGUCUUUCCAAGUGGCGCCAGCUGUCUGUCAGUAAAGGCUCGGGGUCCAAACCGUCAGAAAUUGGGGGUACGGUGAUCUACAUGCCCCCUGAGGAGUACGAACCCUCCAAGAGCCGCCGUGCUGACGUCAAACAUGACAUGUACAGCUACGCCAUCAUCAUGUGGGAGGUGCUUUCCCGGCAAAUUCCAUAUGACGAAGUGACCAACCCCAUGAAGAUCAUGUUCAACGUACUUCGCGGGAUGCGCCCCGACACCAGCUACGCCAGUUUGUCCGAUCAGAUCCCCAGCAGAGAUACGCUCGUUUGCUUAAUGACCUGCGGCUGGACCGCGAACCCCGACGAACGACCUUCUUUCCUCAAGUGUCUCAUUGAGCUGGAGCCCAUGGUGAGGAAGUUCACCGAAAUCGACUUCCUUGUGGCUGUACUAGAGAUUAAGAAGUCAAAGCUGACCCAGCGAUCCAGCUGCUGCUCAGCGCAGCCCGAGAGCCAGAAACCGGCUGAGGAUGAAACUCUGACGAAGCUGAGGGAAACGUCUCGCCCGUGGCCGGAGAGCUCCACCUCAGGCUCAGGCUCUUGUUCAUCCCAAGAAACAGACAUGUCGCUGCCGGGCGCGCUCACCAGCACCAACACGGAGCCUUCAAAAGAGGGACCUCCAUCAUCAGUCGCCAUUGAUACAUUGGAGCUCCCCGAAUCUCUGAAGGACCCCUGCGCUGCCAACAAUCUGAAUGGCUUCCAGAGCGCCCGGCCCAUCACCGACCUCAGCAAAUCUCUCAAAACUGCUCUGCCCGUAGCCGAGGGCGAAACACAGUUGGACGCCCUCACACUCCGUGUCAACUGUGCAAAGCCACAAGAUAAUUUGCCUCCAUUGCGCAGCUCGUCGCCUUCGCAAGGUCCUAUCGGUCAGUGGAUGUCGACGCGACGCGAGGAGAUCGUGGCCCAGAUGACGGAAGCCUGCCUCAAUCAGAGCUUGGACGCCCUGCUCGCGCGCUCCAUGCUGAUGCGCGAAGAUUACGAACUGGUGGUGAACCAGGCCACGCGCGCCGCCAAGGUGCGCCAGCUCCUGGACAACUGUCACAGGCACGGUGAAGACUUCUGCCGAGUCGUCGUCCACAAGCUGCACCAAAACAAGCAGAUGGGCCUCCAGCCGUUCCCCAACGAAAUCGUUUCGCCCAACGCGGUCUUGGUGCCCAGCGCACCGCCACUUUCGGUGUCCUACAACAUCCCGAGGAACAUGUAGGCCCGCAUGAGGAACCGUCCAGAUUGUAGAAUGUGCCAAAUAAUUGCUCUAUGGGCCUUUUCACCGUUUCUGGGUGACAAAGACUCCAAAGGAACUGAUUAGAAAAACAAGAUAUAAAAUACGUCAUGAUGUUAGCCAUU